CGAGAGGACUCGCUUAUCAGCGUUGGUGCUCCGAAAUAUAGAUCAAUUAUCGUGUAAUUGGAGUCACGGGCGAUAAUGGCACGCGUUUAUUUGAACGGGCUUGGGGACUGUAAAAAUCGGCCAGGCCGUAAAGGCGACAGUUCCCUCGACCAGUCUACAAAGCUCAUGAGUGCGACAAGGACGGAUAACGUGCGACACAGUCUUUGUGACUGGAGGGUGAUCGGAGAGCUCCCCGGAUUGUUCGACUUCCGGUUCCGAUCUGCUCGUAUGACCUCCAAAGUUUUAGUAUUUCGUUUACAUUUUCGAAACUACGAAAAUUUCGGGGACUGUAUCUGUAUCCGAGAUUGGCACCCGGAGGACGAACAAUCCGGGCAGUCCCCUUCCACCCGGCCUUCCUCCUGCCGCCGUGCGCGGGUGCGGCGUAGCGCGCCCUGGCGGUGAAUCACAUCUGUCAUGUUCCGAGGUGGCGGGGAACAUACGAAAGACGAACGUUAGCUGCGUCCAGAUACGUAGGUGCAUUGGGUGCCUUGGGUGCCUGAGGUACCCAAUGCACCCACGUAUCUGGACGCAGCUGUUUACGAGUGCUACUAACGGACUGAGGUACAACUGAUAUGAAGGACUGGAAGUCAAGAGUUCAAGAGUAUUCAAGAGUGUUUUAUUGGUUCAUUACAAGGGUUAUAAAGGGGGUCAGACUAUUUUCAGAUACUCGAUACGGCUUAUUCACAGACAAUAUCUCGUAGUGUCAAUACACUACAUCACAUCACAGAAGCAUGAUAGAGUGUGUCUCCGGUCCGGGUGUAGUCAGGUCCAGUCAGGUCAGCUUCAGGCUCCAGGUCACGCGCGAGCCGCUGGGUCAGCUCAUCAACACAUCUGACCUUCACUUUCAACUGGAGCAAGCUUGAAGGGUGUAACACCAAGAACGCACUCUACCUCUCUCGUGGGCUCCGAUGGCAACGUCUCAGGUCACCCUGGAGCAGCUCCCGGACGAUGUGCUCGUGACGGUGAUGCAGUUUCUGAACGACGUAGAGGACGUCCUCGCCUGCCGCCUCGUGUGCAAGAGGCUCUGCGGCCUGGCCGUGCACAGGGACGUUUGGAGCUACAGAUCGCUCGCCGACGACCACCCUAGCGCGGGCGCGGUGCUGCACCUGGCACCGUGUCUCGACACGCUGAUCGUCACGGGCCGAGUCCCGACGCUGGCGGCGACCUCGACCAGAUGCGCCGUGGCAAGUUUGGAACUGCGUGGCAAUAGUGGAUACUUUAAGCCCAAGAAGUAUGCCUUCAUAGUCAACAAGCAGGCAUCGUUCGGGCGCCUCAGAAGACUUGAGCUCUUCCAUCUAAUCUGCAGAGUCUUCGAAAGGGCUAAAGCCGACGUGCUCGUGAGGACGGUCGCGUCGUGUUCCGGCCUCGAGUCGAUUAAAGUCAUUGGCAAACUACCCGAAGUCACUCAUCCCGUUGUACAGGGGCCGCCAAGGCCGUCUCUCACGACGUUCCGGUGUCCACCACUUACGGAGAACUCGGCGUCCUUCAUAAACACCAUCCUUGCUGGGCACGCGGAUACCCUGGAGGAUGUUUGCAUCAUGUCAGAAGGCGUCAAAUUUGAUGGGACGGCGACGGUCAACCUGUUGGCUGCUUUGCCGAGACUCCGCCGUCUGUAUAGGGUAUUUCACCCAGUUUAAACCGGAUCCAAAGAAGAACAAUAAUGCUUCCUGAACUGUUUCCUCCCUGGCGCUCAUUGGCUCACGCGGACGAAGUUCUCGCACCCGACAC